UCCAGCUUGAUCACGUACUACAAAGUAUGCGGGAUUUCCGACUCCAUCGAACUUACGCGUCGGUCACUGGGCCGCAAGUUAUCCAACAAUAGCUGAUAGAAGCUCAGAAUAUCUCCAAUGUGUAAUGGCUUCCACGCACGAGUUCGAUUUGGAAGACUUAAAUUCCACAUGAAUCCUCGCAUUCCUUUCUGACCUCCUCUCCCAUCCUCAGCUCACGACCGCCAUCAUGGACGAAAAGCCGAAUCCUUCUGUUUCCGACAAGGAAUCUGGCUCGGUGCUGAUACCCGAUGAGACUCUCCUUUAUAACGCCCAUGUUGAUGUCAGUGGGAUCGACGAAAAGAAACUGAUCCGCAAGGUCGACCUUGCGCUUAUUCCUUGGCUAUCGCUCUUGUAUCUCCUCAGUUUCUUGGAUCGAUCGAGUAUUGGAAAUGCCAAGCUCUAUAACCUCGAAGGCGAUCUUGGAAUAACGGACAAGCAGUAUCUGUUGUCUUUGACUGUAUUCUUCCUCAUGUGA